AUGGCGCUGGAUACUUCCGCAACAGGAUCAUCGUCAAGCACCAAGCGAGUACGACUGGCUGAGUUACAAGGAAAUGCAGAAUCUACACAGUCCUCUCAGCCACGCGCAUCUCAAAGAGCUGUCAAUGAUUACUACGAUCCAGAUCAAGAUGUCGCAGAGCGUCGAAAGAUUCGCAAAGGUCUCAGAGACCUGCAACGUGAAAUGAAUGACUGCAGAGGUGAAUUUCUUCAGACCGAUAACAAGGGUAUCCUCAACACCAUCCAGAAAGCGAACGAAUAUUUUGCCCAAGUGAAACAAACAUCAGACGCGACCGUCGAUUCUGCGCUUUUGGUCAAUGCGGCAGAUCUGUCAUAUAAAAAAGCAGCGCGUGCGUCGGAUGGACUUGCCGCUGGUAUAGAUGUGGACGAAUUUGUCUCCAAAUGCUUGUCCUUUAUGCGCCAAACUCCUGCAAAUGGGUCGUCGAAUGGCCUCGGUACACAACGCCGCACACAAAACAGAGGGAACGCUGACGAAAGCGACGACGAAGGAGUCGAUGAUACAUUAAAUUGGGAUUUACUGGGUCGAGCUGCUUGUUUCCCGUACAAUACACGCCCCUCAUUAUCUGGAUUCCUUCUGGGUCCAUUAUCCGUCCAGAAACGCACUCGACAGCUUACGCAACGCAGAGCGGCAAAUCAGAUCGACAGGACACAGGUUGUACGACCGCAAGACCUCGAAGAGCAAGAUCUAGAUAGACAAGAGUCAUCGAACCUGACUGUCAUGUGCACUAAGAUUAGCAAACUCUUGAAAGAAGUGGCAGAUGCACGUACGAAUACUGUCGAUGAGGAAUUGCGCGCGUUGGGAAGAGAACCUACAACUGAGGAGAUUGAGGCAGCUAUGGACAAGCAUCAGAUUUCCGACAUUGGAGGUAUUUUGCUAUUCCCAUUUGCCAUUAACCCGAAGUCCUUUGGGCAGAGUGUCGAGAAUUUGUUCUACAUUAGCUUUCUGAUCAGAGACGGCAAUGUUGGAGUUGGUCAGAACCGCCAUGGUCUUGUUACUAUACAACCUUCGACGCCAUAUGCUCCACUCGAGGCGCAGCAAAGGGGCAUUCAGAAGCAUCAGCUUAUCUGGAGUCUCAAUUUCGAAAUAUGGCAGCAGCUAGUUGAAACCUUUGACAUUAAAGAAUCCAUCAUACCACACCGAAACGACGAGGAGUUCCAGCGACAAAAUCAACAUGGUUGGUACAGUUGA